AUGCAGCGCGUGCAGUCGGCGGAACAUGUGGACGUGAAAAGCGAGGACCGGGACAAGUUUAAAUCGAAGCUGUUGCUGUGCGCGAGGAAGCGAGCACUCCAACAAGAUCGAUGGACGGUGCGAGAGGACCCGGACUCGAUCUCCGGCAAGGCCCAGCCUCUCGUGCAGUCGGCGGAACAUGAGGACGUGAAAGCGCUCGUGCAGUCGCUGGAACAUGAGGACGUGAAAAGCGGUGAGCGUGGCCUUGUGGUCUAG